AUGGCCCGCAGCACUCCCCGCGCGUCAAAGCGUCGCGCGUCGUCUGCCCCCCGCAGCGCCGCCGGCAGCCGCACAACGACGAAGCGCCAGUGCCACGCGACACGUCCUCUCCAGCUCUACGCGCCCGACGAGGCCGUCCUCGUGGUCGGCGACGGCGACUUUUCCUUCUCGCGCGGCCUCGUCCAGCACCGCGGCACCGGUCGAGGAGUUGUCGCCACUUCGCUGGACUCGAACCGCUGCGUCCGCGUGAAGUACGCGAACGCGCCCGAGUGCAUCGCCGCCGUACGGGAUCUGCACGGCCUCGUGCUGCACGACGUCGACGCGACCAAAUUGCAGGCGCUGCCCCAAUGUGUAGAGAACGGCGCGGGGCCGCAGCCCGUGCCCGACGUCUUCCAGUACAUUGUGUUCAACUUUCCCCACAGCGGUCAGCAGCGCGUGCACAUCAAUCGGUCGCUGCUGCUCAACUUCUUUGAGAGUGCGCGGGACCGCUUGUCGGUGCACGGCGAAGUCCACGUGACGCUCAAGACGCAGCCGCCGUACUCGAACUGGGGCAUUGAAGACCGCGCGCGAGACGCUGGACUCGUGCUGAAAGCGCGGUGGAAGUUUGACAUUCGGCUCUUUGCUGGGUACCGCCACCGCACGACGGACCCACAUGCCAAGAAGUUUGAACCGGACCUCUGUGUCACGUACGUCUUUGUGGUGAACCGGUCAAAGUAUCCUUUCCAGACACGUCGAGCGGAGUUGUUGGCAGCCAGUGCGGCUAUCACAGCGUCGGAAGCGAGUGAACAACACGACUUGGCGGCUGCUAUUGUCGAGAUUGCGAAAGCAAAAGCAGCGGCGAGUCAGAACGUGGACAAAGUCAGUGACGUGGUUGUGCGUCGUUCGCAGCCGAAAAGAAUUGCAGCAAAGCGACCUGCGCUGGUUGCAGCAUGUCUUGAAGAGAAGAAACAGACAAACAGGAUUCGAUGUAGUGGUUGGGUUGCUCGCGGUGUAUUGUGGAAACCUCUGCACAGGCGAUCGGGUGGCAGCAUCCGGUAG